AUGGUGACCCGACCCGAGAUAUACGCCGACACUAUUGAGGACCUAUUGGAUGACAGGUAUGAGGUCUUCGCCGACACUAUUGAGGACCUAUUGGAUGACAGGUAUGAGGUAUACACCAAUGACUUCAAAUACGACGAGUGGAGGGAACCGGAAUUUUAUGAGGGUUUUGGUAACAACUCAUUCAGAGAUAAUUUUGUGAAACUGGUCACCACUAGGUUGAGGACAUGGGAUACCAAACAAUUAAUGGAUGGUUCGUCAGAAAUUACUGCGAGUCCGCAAAAAAUACGUAAAUUUUUCAGUAAUAAAGUGUUGAUUGAAGACCAGACUUGGAUGGAUGUAAUCGAGCCAUACAUUCCAAGAUUUAUGGCCAUACAUGUGGGCCAACAGUACCUGUCAAUCCCUAUAACACCCCUAUGUGUUGGACCCACCUUUCAGUUUAUUAAUCAGUCUAAUGUUAUUGCUCAGCGUUUAUACGAGUCAUCACUUUUGCAAUACUGGUAUCAUUUGAAAACUAAGUUUUAUUUUGAAACGACCAUGAACAUAAUUGGAAAUGGAUUCUUUACGGGAGGGAAUGGUAUUUAUGACUUUUACGCCAAUACUAACGAUGAAUACAAUGAUUUAUACCUCAAUGACACGCAAUCGCUAUUCGUAUUCAUGAUCUAUAGUCUCGACACUAACGCUAUACUGUAUCGCUAA